GACACACACACGCACAGACACACACACACACACACACACACACACACACUCUCAGCAGGUCAAACAGAGGAGUCUUUGUGUUGCUGUAGGCCUCAAUCUGUAAAUGAAGCGACACACACUGAACAAACACUCCCACAAGUCCAUAAAGAGAGGCCGUCGUUUACCCAGCAUCCUCUCUGUCUAUCUCUUCAUGUGAUCUCUCUCUGUUCACCUGCAAUAUUCAGGAAAUGAAGCUUUUAUUUUGAUGUGAACAGAUAAAACCACCCGCAUCAGGAGAUAAUGCAGUUUAUCUUCAAUCAGCGCCAUGGGUCUGCGGUCUUCCCAAUCCGGUUUUCAACCCUCGCCACUCCUGCUGGUAGUCAUGUUUAUAUCUAAACAAAGCGCCGUCCUUUACCUUACUUCAUCUGAGACAAACCAGGAAACCAGUUAGUUCCUGUUGAGUUGUCAGGGAGAAGAGACGCACCGACAGACAGACAGACGAGACAAAAUGGCUUCCAUGUCAGAGGAGGAUUUCUGCUGUUCGGUCUGUCAUGAAGUCUUUAGAGAUCCUGUUCUUCUGUCAUGUAGCCACAGCUUCUGUAAAGACUGUCUGCAGAGCUGGUGGGCAAAGAAACCAACACAGGAGUGUCCAGUUUGUAAAAGAAGAUCUUUUUAUGAACCGGCUUGUAACCUGGAGUUAAAGAAGCUGUGUGAGAGUUUCUUACAGCAGAGAGAUCAGAGAGCUUCAGAGGCUCUCUGCAGUCUGCACUCUGAGAAACUCAAACUCUUCUGUCUGGACCAUCAGCAGCCAGUGUGUGUCGUCUGCAGAGAUUCAGAAAAACACACCAACCACAGAUUCAGACCCAUCGAUGAAGCUGCACGACAACACAAGAAGAAACUCCAGGAAACUCUGGAGCCCUUAAAGAAGAAGUUAAAGGUUUUUGAACAAGUUAAAGUGAAGUUUGAUCAAACAGCAGAACACCUGAAGGUCCAGGCCCGACGCACAGAGACGCAGAUUAAGGAUCAAUUUAAGAAGCUUCACCAGUUUCUAGAAGAGGAAGAGGAGGCCAGGAUGGCUGCACUGAGGGAGGAAGAGGAGCAGAAGAGUCAGAGGAUGAAGGAGAAGAUGGAGGCUCUGAGCAGAGACAUAGCAGCUCUUUCAGACACAGUCAGAGCCACAGAGGAGCAGCUGAGAGCUGAAGACAUCUCAUUCCUGAUCAACUACAAGGCUGCAGUGGAAAGAGUCCAGCAGCGCCCCCUGCUGGAUGAUCCACAGCUGCUCUCAGGAGCUCUGAUAGACGAGGCCAAACACCUGGGCAACCUGAGCUUCAACAUCUGGAACAAGAUGAAGGACUUGGUCUCCUUCACUCCUCUGGUUCUGGAUCCAAACACUGCUCAACCAAGACUCAUCCUGUCUGAAGAUCUGACCAGUGUGAGACUAGGAGACAGGCAGAAGCUUCCUGAUAAUCCCGAGAGGGUUGAUUUACUCUUCUCCCUCUCUGUCCUGGGCUCUGAGGGCUUUAACUCAGGGACUCACAGCUGGGAUGUCGAGGUUGGAGACAAUACAGACUGGGAACUGGGUGUGUUAGCAGAGUCUGUCCAGAGGAAGGGACUCAUACAGUCUGGAAUAUGGAUAAUAUUGUUCUCUGAAGGUAAAUACUCAGCAGUGUCUCCAUCAGCUCCAGACACUGAUCUCCCAUUUAAUAAGCAGCUCCAGAGGAUCAGAGUGACUCUGGACUGGAACAGAGGAAAGCUGUCGUUCUCUGAUCCUGAUACUAACACACACAUACACACCUUCACACACACUUUCACUGAGAGGCUGUUUCCAUACUUUAGCAUAGGAGAAGCAGUCCCACUGAAGAUAUCACCACUGAAGGUCUGUGUGACAAAACAACAGGUCUGAUAGUCUUUAGUUUGAAGGGGGUGAUAAUAAUAGUAAACAACUGUUCACUUUGUAAGUUAAUAUCUGUCCAUCUAUCUAUGUAGAUGUAUACAUGUACGAGCAAAUCUUCUGAAAUAAAUGCUCAAAUACUGUAAGUCCAAACUUUAUAUUUGCAGCAGCAAACAGUAACGGGAAACAGCAGUUUUCUCCCUAAUUUUAUUUAAAGUCAAAAAUGGGGGUUUUCUCCUUGUUCUUAUAUUUUAAUUAAUGUUGCGCUUCACUGUGUAGAAUAAUGUUCGUGCAGACUUUGACACUGGAAGGCUGUUUGUAUGACACACACACACACACACACACACACUCUAGAAGGCUGUUUUGUCAUCCAGUGAUCAAAGUGUAAAGUUUCUAAAGAGGCGGGGCUACAAGUGAGAUUUGUGACAUCACAAAUAGAUGGAAGCCAAUACUGGUCCAAUAUUCAGUUUACACAAAUUCGCUUCACACGCACAGUGUGAAGCGCCUGGUGCAGGUGUGUUUAGGGCGUGUCCAAAUCCACUUUUGCUAGUUGACGGCGAAUAAA